AUGGAGCCUGACGCUAUCUCCCAACUCAAAGCACUACUAAGCGCAGCGCCAAAUCUUCGCUCUCAACUCAGCAACGCCGAACGUCUCCAGCUCAGCGGAUUAGCUGAAGCACUUAGAACCGAAUUGGAGAGACCAGACGAAGCUGUAUUCAGGGUGACUUUCAAUGAGCCUGGACAUUAUCUAGCUAUUCGAUUAGGCAUACAAUGGGGAAUCUUUGAAGCACUGGGCUGCGAUGGCGAUGAGGGAAAGUCGAGCGUGCAGCUUGCGGAGGGUACGGGGGCGGAUGUGCGGUUAGUUGCUCGCUUCUUGCGCCACCUAGCAGCGAAUGGCACAAUCCGUGAAGUUGGUCUCGAUACCUACACAAGCACUCGACUCUCAGCUUCUUUGAGGCAAAAGUCUUUCAAAGAUGCUAUACAUUUCAUGUACGACGACUUCUACAACGUGGGCUGGAAAGUACCCUCCUUCCUUGACUCAAUAUCUCAUCGCAAUCCCGCCGAUAUCAACAACGGCCCCUUUCAACAUGCACAUGGUUUCUCUGAUAAAUCACUGUACACAUACUUUGAUGAAGACCCAGCGAUGGGAGCGCGGUUCGGCGGUAUGAUCCAGAUGUACAAUGCUGGUAAACCGUUCUUCUGGGAGAACGAUUAUUAUCCUUUCAAUGAACGCUUGGUGACUGGAGGGCCUAAAUCUGAUAACGAUGUGCUACUUGUAGACAUCGGAGGAGGGGAUGCCGGGGACUUGGGCCUGUUGCGGAAAGCACUGGGAAAAGAAGUAAAGGGUCGGCUUGUUCUGCAAGAGUUGAAACAUAUCGUCGAUCGGACCGUGGAAGACGGAUUUGAAGCGGAGGUAGGCGAUUGGAACCAAGUUCAGCCGAUUAAAGGUACACUACCAGAAUUUUAUCGUGCUGUUAUCAAUACUAAGACGCGACUUGUAGGAGCGAGAGCGUAUAUGCUCCAACACAUCCUCCACGACUUUAGCAGCGACGAUGCAUGCCGUCGCAUACUUCGCAACAUCAUUCCCGCUAUGGAGCCCGGUUACUCCAAGCUCCUCAUUAAAGACCUUCUUGUACCCGAUCGAAAUGCACCAUGGGCAUUCACGGCUUUGGACGUCAACGUUAUGCAAUCACUCUCUGGUCAAGAGCGGACUGAGUCACAAUUUCGCGAGCUACUUGAUUCUGUGGGACUGAAAAUUGAGGGCAUCUGGGGCCACAAAAAUGCGCUGGAUGUUGUCAUCGAAGCCUGCCUGCCUUAG